AUGGUGCGGUGGCGCUGGGCCCCGUUUCUGGUGGGCUGGAUCGCGGGGCCCAGCCAAGGAUGGUGGCAACCUGCCGAAGAGGAGGGAAGCCCGCCACCGAACAGCACCUGCUGGGAGGAGCCGUGGAGCUGCAUCCAGCACAGGGUGAAUGCCACGAUGCUGGCUGCCCAGACCCAGUACAACUCCCUCACGACCUGGGACAGUAUCCUGUGGACGGUUCUGGAUACCCUGCUGAGUGGAGUUGGCUGGUUGAUCUUUGGCCAAAACUGGCUUCAGGUGCGCACAGGAUGCUCGAUGAUCCUUCGCAUCGUGACCUUGAUGGCAGUAUGCCUGGUGCUCCACUACUUCCUCUCAUUGGCAUGGCCUUUGUGUUCCCUCCUCAUCGGGACGAUCCUCACCGUGGUUUGGUUCGUGCGAGCCUGUGUGCGGUGCUGCGGACGGGUGGCUUUCUACACCCAGAGGAUGGCCGGCGGUGUUCCAGAGAUCACAGGUGCCACUUUCUUCGGGCCCGAUACGGGAGAGGUGACGGAGAAUGCCGCCAUCAAGUCCAGUGGCAUGUACCUGAGCUUUGAUCCAGAGGCGACCCGUGGUGACCCUCCCCUCCUUUUGGCUCUGAAAGGCUAUGAGAGGGUGCACCUAUGCCGGCACGACAGCUGUCCUGAAGAUGGGCAACACUUCAAGAGCUAUGCCCUGGCUCGGCAAUUGAACCCGGAGAAGUUCCACCUCAUGUCGACGGCUGAAGGAGCACAUCGGUCAGGGUCUCGAUUGAUGGGAUGGUUCUUCUCCAAGGCCAACCAGACGGCCAAGAAACUGAAGGACUACGCCUCCGAGUCAGAGCAUGAGGAGACAGCUUGUUGCUGCGCCCACCUAGUUAGGUGGGAAAGCUCUGCCGGGAAGGAGGCCUUGGGAGACAGGCCGUGUGACAAGGCUGCAACUAACCAGGUGGACCUGCUGGAGGAGGACCUGAAUGCUAUGCCCCCCACACGGACGCCGAGUUUUUGUCCUGACCAUGCGGUUCAAUACUUGGUCAAGCGCGCCCCGGCUAAAUGCUCCUUUGACGGAUGUCGACGAGUGGGUACUUCGACCAGGGUGAGGGAACCACCUCCGGGAGAAGAUGACGGUGACGAACCACCCGAAGGGGAAGGGGAAGGUCGCCUUCGUCGGAGAGGUCGAGGACGGGAGGUGGCCUAUAACACUGACGAGGCGGAAGCCAUCCUUCAGGAAGCUCGAGAGGAGGAGGUUGAGACGAUGGCUAUCCAUCCUUCCAGGAGGAAGAGGGUUGCAUCGCCAGGGCACACCCCGAAGUCCUCGGUCCAACACAGCCUGGCGAGGAUGGGGCUCAUCAACUCACCUGACCGACGGGGGGACAUGACGUACCUGGAGGAGUUCAUGGAGCAGCUCGCGGAUGGCAAAGACCUGCAACUCAGUGAGGAGGACAUCAGGAAGCAGAUGGCCGCUCAGUCGGGACUCACUUUGGGAGACCUGACCAGGCAACUCUACGAGCAGGCAACGGAGGAGCAGAGGAAAGGCACCAAAGGCCUCACCAAGUUCUUGGCCAAGUGGCGCAAACAAGCAGCCGCUCAAGAAGGGUCUACACCUCCGUCAGAGUGGAGCCUCAUCGAGAAGGACCGGGACAACGGCACACCUACUCCAUCCAGUGCGACGUCAGGAGGCAAGACUCUCCAGAGUCCAGGACCUGGCUUCAGGCAACGGGUCACUUCAAGGCUCGCGAUUGGCAUCGCUGGCCCAUACUGGGGGACACAGGAGAAGUAUGCCCUCAGUGCCUCGGACUUCGUGCCCUGCACCGACGCGGAGUUGGACCAAUUCGCCAUCGAGAGCAGGACUGGAAAGCCCUCCAAUGAGCAGCGGCCCGCAGCUCCGACCAGGUAUGAAGACUGGCUCAACCGUGCAAAACGCCAGAAUGACAUCUGGGCAUUAGUGUACGGGAGCGAAUGGAAGGCAGUCCGAGAGCACGCCGUGAACCUGCUGAGCGAGUGGCACAUCGGAGCUCCUCACAAGUGGCCCCUUCAGGUGUUGCUUGACGUAUGGGAAGAACUCCACUGGCGGUUUCUGGAAGAGCUCAAGGAGGAGUUGAGGAAGAUCAAACGGCUGGCUGGAAGAGAGUCCAUGACCUUGAAUGACCUCAAGUUCUAUGCCCUUAUGCCGGAUGAAGAGGGCAGAGCGCCAUUGGAGCUCCCACAGACCUUUGAUCUUCGAAGACCAGACGGAUGGUUCAUGUCUGAGGUAAUGCCCCGCAUCGAACGAAGACAGGAGCGGAUGCUAUGGAAGAUGACGUGGGAAGGGGCCGGAAAAAAUCGGGCUCAAGGGCAAACCGCUGGAGGAGAUGGAGGAUCCAAGGAGGAGAAGCUGACCCUGAAGACCCUGUAUGGUCCCAAGCUCACGGCAGAAGAAACGGCACGAGCGAAGGACCGGGCACCCACGAACAAGGAGGGCAAGCGAGGGGGCUUGAAGCGGAUGAAAGCCGAGACCAAGGACACGGCCACCGAGAAGAUCAAGGAGAUCAGAGCCGGUGUUGCGAAGGACAAAGCUUCGAAGGUCCAGGAUGGGAAGGAUCGUCGACGUGCUGGGCAAGGAGAUCAACCUCAAGGAGAAGGUGAAGGUCAUGAGAAGGCCGGAGGACACCAAGGUGUGAGCUGGGAAGCCCCCGAGGAGAUGGUGCAGGUUGAUUACACGCACCAGGAGAAGGAGUUUGCUGAGCUUGUCGCAGGCCCUGAUGCAACCAUCUACGAGAAUGUUCAUCGGGAGUCGCAACCCCAUCCAGGGCGAGAAGGUCAAACGGCACCGCAGGAAGCUCAAGACCUCGUCAGGAAGGCCCAGGAGCUGGCAGACGGGCCUGUGUUGAGCAAGUUGCAGGAGGCAUCGGAUGACCUCUACGCCUGGGCAUCUACCAGGGUGGCCAACGACCCGGAGACCCCCUUCGAGACGCUGAUGGAGGAGAUGGUGCAGUUUGGGUUGGGUGAGUUGGCAGCCGAAGCCGCGUACCUCCUCGAAGCUCAUGGGAGGGGCCCCAAGGCCGGAAACAAGGCCAGAUGCCGUGUCGAGGAAACCCGGUGGGAGGCGGACGGACCAGGAAAAGCCGUGGUGCAAAUUGAUGAGGACUUGUGGGCAAUGUGGGACUACGGAGAGAUAAUCCACAUGACGGAAGAACUUGCUGGCCUGCUGGGAAUGAUUGAGCCAGAGAAGGAGAAGCGCCAGUGCGUCACCAAAGUUUUCGCAGCUGGCCUCCUGCUGUCCCAGACAGGAAGGACACCAAGCAUGGACGACGUGGAGAAGCUGACCCAGGAUUUUCGGCUGGAGCAGGCACGGCUUGCGGUUGAGGCCGAAGGGGUCAUGAGCCACCCAGAGGCGAAGGUCGCCCUAGUGGAACAUGAACUUCGGAUGUACGCCCACGAUAUCCUCAAGCCUCAUCAUGACAAGGACUACCGGGCCCUGGCCGUGUUCCCGUUAGCUGCCCUCGAAGAGAUCAGGGUCAUUGUGGUCAGGGUGGACUAUAAAGGGGACAUCCUGCUGGAGACGGUGGUAGGCAGCCAGUGGACACAGCAAGACGUGUGGGUGAUGAUUUCCAAGGGGCACAUGACUCUGUUGCAGCCUCCCUCAAAGUCUGCCGGAGACGCCCUGCUGAACAAGGAGGAGGUCUACCAUACCCCAUGUUUGGGAUUCCGGUACUUCUGGCAUCAGCGCCACGAUCAAGCAAAGACUGCCCCGGGCAUCAUUGCGUGUCGACACUGCAAGACCAGGAAAGGAGGUGGCAAAGAAGGCCCAGACACCUAUGGAUGCUUGCGGAAGACAACUUGCUUGCCGGCGUUGUCUCAAUGCGUGGCCGGAGGAGUUCAGACGGCCAAGGCAGUCCAUGGCGCCAAAGCUCAUGAUGGGUUGGUGCUACGAGAGUACUUCGCCGGGCACGGAGUCAUCACUCAAGGUUGGCGGGAGGCGGGCAUGGUUGCCCUCGAGCCUAUCGAGUUGUAUGACCAGCCCCACCAGCAGCUUGGUCCCCGGCCGGACCACGAUCUUGCCAAUCCGGCACGGCAGAAACACUAUCUGGACCAGCUCGGGCAGCACGAGUCCAAUGUGCAAUGGAUCGCUAGCCCAUGCACUACAUUUUGUGACUGGUGUCUCCAGAAUGGGGGAACGAGGACCUUCCAAAACCCAGCUGGCUUGCCAACCGAGAAGGAGCGUGUCGGGAAUGUCCUGUCGGAGUAUGGCGCGGCAAUCUUCGAGAAGUCCAUGCAGCAAGGAGGCUUCCCCAUUGCUGAGAGUUCCGGGACCUCAGGGACGCAAGGGCAGUUCUAUCGUCAUCGGACGGGCCUGGCCUUCCCUCAUCACCCUCCCCUUCGGCAAGCUCUCCUACGGCUAUGUCCCGGCAUCAGCCAGACCCACCAGCACGUGGCACUCAAAGGUAGCCGGCCAGGGGUCAUGGUAUCCCGAUGUACCGAAGCAGGUGUUUACGCCCCCAACUUUGUCCGUGCUGUGGUCGAAACCCUCAUCCAUACUUUGGUGGGGGGGGGGGGCAAACCACAACCCCUCCUCUCCAAAACUGGUGGCCGACCUUACGGAUGGAAUGUGUAUGAGGAGGAUCCACCAGCUGAAGAGGAAGAGGAGGAGGCAGAGUUCCACCAAGGGCUUCAACACCUCAACCAAGAGGAGCUCCAGCAGGUCGCGGGCAUGGCGGUCGAGGCAGCUCUGGGGGUGUGGAACGGCAGGACCAUCCAUGAGCCCGAGGAGACGGUCGAGGAGUCGGUGGGAACCAUGAUGGAGGAGCCUGACGAAACGCUGGAGGAACCGGAUGAGGUCGUCGAACCGCCUGAUGAGGGCGAAGCAGGGCCGGGACAAGGGGGAGAAGCAGCAGGAUCUGGGGAGUCGGUGGCAGAACCUGCAGCGGCCUAUCGCAUUGUGUGGGCAGACCUGGGUCAGAGGAACCGCAUGGAGGUGGACGCUCAGCGGGGCUACGUCUGGCUGUAUACCAACGAGCCCAGAGACGACUUGGCGGUCCCGGAUGAGCUGCCUUAUCCUUAUUGGCCCCAUCGAUUCCACAGCGAGAGGUACACGAGAUGUGAGACUCGGAACACGCUGGGCCGUCUACAGGUGGCAGAGGUCUAUGAUGACUGGAGGGUACAGGGUCGGGGACGACCACCCUUUGCGCCAUGGACGGGUGUCACCUUGUUCGUCUUCCGGGACGGUCAACUGCCUUGGUCGCACGUCUUGGUUGAGGACGAGCAGAACCGGAGGGAAGGGCCGGAUGAACCCGACCGGUCGGGAGGGGGCCCAGGAGAUGACCGGCAAGGAUGGACCUCGAGCCACCACACAGGUUGGCAAGGGUUAAACCAAGCCGGAGUUUGGCAGGACUGGUCCUCAGGCACGUGGCAGGACUCCCGAGCAGGAGGCAGCCGGUGGGUUGACUUCGAGGAGGAGGGCAUCUCAGGAGCAGCGGCUACGGCAGCUAUGGCCUACAUCCAGGAGAUUGACGGCAUGCAGGGUUCCGGUCCGGCGACCUGGCAGGCGGUUCGGGAGAGAGGAGACAUGCUGCUUGGACGGGCCGGAUCGGUCGAGAAGGCAGCCAUCGCCCUAUGGAUAGCAAGAGAGCAUCUGGGGCGAAACAACCUGCAGGGCGUCGACAGUGAGGAGCUAGACCCUUUGGUGCACCCGGAUCACCUGGACUACCUGAGGGAGGUGAGAGCGCAGGGGAUGCCCGCACGCUACCAGGGUCAGAGGGAGAGAGUGGCAACUAGACCGCACCCGAGAGCCAGAGCCGACUUGGGCCAGGUCUAUGUCCAGUUGAUGAAAGACAUCAUGAAGCACAGGGUGCUGGUGGUCUCGGCAGAUCAUCAAGACCUGGGACAUACGGUGUCGUCACCAUUUGAGCUGGUCCCGAAGAUGCUUCCCAAUCGGACCCUGUCUACGGAGGCAAGGUUGGUUCACGACCAACGACAGGUCAAUGAAGGCACGCACAAAGACCUUCAUCCACCGGCGGCACAGCCUACCCACGAGCAGGUCGCCAGGAGGGUACUGUGGUUGAAAGCCCGAUACCCGGGAGUGAAGGUGGUCAUGGCCAAGAAGGAUGUGGCCGGGGCAUUCCGUCUCCUCUGGGUUGACCCGCGAGAUGUCGAGCUUUUUGCAGGAGAUGUCCCUUGGAGACCGGAGUGCAUGGAGCAGAGUGGGGGCGGUGGAGAAUGUGACGGUUCAGGCCUGACGCUUAUCUACCUCGUCUCCAGCUUUGGCUUCUCGGGGUCCCCAGGGGAGUGGACGGUGUGGGGGCGAGCUACGGAGGAAGUUCACCGUAACCUGCGACCGCUCCACAGCCGAAGGGACGGGGAGGUGCAUUUCUGUGGAAAGAUCUUGGUCGACGACAUGGUGCUGGUCGAGCCGGUGAUCGGUUUGCGGCCUUGGGUGUCCAGUGAGGUCUAUGAAUGGGCUGUGGUGAAGUUACUGGGCGAGAAGGCCAUCAACAAGUUGAAGGACGCAGAAGAGGGACGGUUCAGCAACCAGCAGACAGUUUGGGGCCUCACUAUCGACACCGACCUCGAGAAGAUGUCGCUUCCGGAGGCACGGAUCCUCAAGGGGGCCUACUUGCUGGCACAGCCUCAUUUCAACUAUGGCAACAAGGCCCUGCCGUUGAAGGAACUACAACGGUUCCGGGGCAUCGCCAACGGCUGGAGUGCAGUGAUUGCGGGUCUACGAAAUGAGUUGAAGGCGGCAGACCUCUUCCUUGGUGGAGUUGAUGGUGGGGCAGCAGUACACCCGCGGCUUCAUCAACCGGAGGGCUCAGAGGCAAGGCAGAUCGAGGAGACCAGUGCUUGGGAGUCGCUGUGGGAGCUCUUCGAAGACUGCAGGUGGCUGUGUUCGAGGUCCGAGACGUGGGCGGCCAAGUUCGGGGGAGACAUCAGGGAGUUGCUGCCCCCACUCGAGAGGCUCGCGCUCCCAGGGCAGCGAGGGGCGGGUCCUGUCUUCGUUUCAUCGGAUGCAACCCCCGACGUCGUGGCAGCAAUCGACUGGACGAACCACCUGGCCUGCCGCGAACCCAUUGAGGUUCUGAAGCCGUGGAUACGACAGGUGCUCGAGGCUGAGGGGCAGGAAGAUGGGAAACUCGCCAUUCAUCUGGGAGAAAUGUUAAGCUUCGUCGCCUUUGCCUGUCGGGUGGGCCACAUGUGGGAAGGACGAGUGGUCAUCUAUGCCGGGGACAACAAGGUCGUCUACUUCUGGAUUACCGGACGCAAGAGCGGAGUGCGGGCAGGGAGGCUUCUGAUCCGGGUCCUCAACCUCGUCGAGAAGAGGCACAGGUGCAGGAUCCUUGGAGGAUGGUGGAGGACCUUCCACAAUGAGGAUGCAGACGCACUGACCCGUCUGGACGAGCCGCAAGCACUGCAGCUUAUGAAGGAUAAAGGUUGGAGCCGGCAAGACAUCAAGCCCAGCAUCCAUCAGGCCCUGGAAGACACGGAGCGUUUCGGGCUUUGCUUUCUGUCCUGGGCCGACCAAGAGGACCACCAUGAGCUGAUGCGCCUUCGAGAGCUGCGGGUCUUUCGGGCCAUCUUUCGACAGCCAGCGGAUUUACUGGAUGUCGAGGUCGUUGAGUGGACACCCGGACAACGUUACGUGAAGGACCUGGAGUACUUCUCGGGCAACGGCAAUGGAAUGUACAAGAUUGUCGCGGGCACCAUCGGCCCUGAUCCGAAGGGCAGGAAGGUGACAGAGUUCACAAGGUAUCUGGACCAGGAGAUCUUCGAUGUGGCGGUUCUUGAAGGGCCCACCGAGGUGAUGUGGAGGCGGCUAGAGCAGUGGGCCAUCUCAGUUGGCUGGGGCUGCAGCUUUCAGGAGUUUUUGACCUCCGAGCUUGGCGAGGCGUUGGUGCGCAGGAGGAUUGCGGGGUUCCUGUUCCCGGGUGACAAGACCGAGGAGGAGGUUGAGCACCUGAUGGUCAAGACGGUCACUCCGCCCUCUAUGGGCUCCUACCUGAGAAAGAUCACCGAGGAGAACUGCUUGCCGGCCUACAAGAUGGAAACAGCAAUCAACGUGGGCCAGCAGGUGACCGCUCAUGUGUGGCCGUUGUCCGAAGCAACCGAGAAGGGCAUGCAGAAGAUCUUCGUGCAGGACAAAGCGGCUCCAGUUGGUAAAGUGAGGGUGCUUUCCGGUGAGGAGGUGUGGAUCCUGCAGGGCAGACGCCUGGAUGAAUGGCGCACCCUCGUAUCCCAGAUCGGCGAGGUCGAAGCUGAGAGAGAAGGGUGCAGGGCCACCGGACGCAGGACAGCCCUGAACCUGAUUGGAGCGGCGGCAGAGCUGGCGAAGGAAGUGCGGGAGAAUAAGGCCGGCAUGUGCAUCGACCAGGAGGACUACAAGACCCUCGGCUCUCUUCUACAAUGGCUUCGCAAGUGGAGGAGGGGAGACUUCGGAAGGGCGCCUCCGAACCGAAAGGCCGGAGGUCUUGGCGAGGAGGUUGGGCAGGGCGCCCUGGAGUUUGAGUUCGGCAGCUUCGAGGGUAUUGAGGAAAGACGGUGCGGAGGGCGCCGAAAGGGGCAAGUGAGGCCUGUGGUCGAGGACGGAGGGCGUUUCGUUGACUUGAACCCCGACUUCAACCAGGAUAUGGAGAUCCAAGCGCAGAUCGAGGAAUGGCUGGAGGCGCACCUCACUGGCGACAAAGCGGAGAGCACCCAGAAGGCCUAUACCUGUGACCCGAUCCAGAAUGAGAACAAGGUCCUCGGAUACCUGGGCUACUUGGGAUGGUUGGGCACCUCCGCGGCGACCAUGAAGCAGGCUGUCUUCGCCAUCAAGGACGCCCACAAGAGAGCGGGACAUGGGGAUACCACCACGAAGAUGCACCGUCUGUGGAUCGUCCUCAACUCGCUGGAGAAGCAUUCGGUCAAGCGUCCGAGGCGAUUGGGGGUCACCGUACAGAUGCUCAAGUGGCUUGGCAAGCAGCUCGUGGCUGGGGCCGAGUCCUUUGGGGAGCUCAAAGUCGACUGCCGGAUGAUCCAGGCGGCGCUCCUGACGGCGUGGUUCUUCAUGCUGAGGGCCCGGGAAUUUGCGGACUCGAGUGGGGUCGACCAGGAGAUGGUAGUCCGGGGACAGGAUAUCUCGUUGACCACCCGGGGACAGGCCGACGAGACGGAUCCGGAGGAGGUCACCCUGCAGUUCCGGAAGACCAAGGCGGAUCAGGAAGCCUUUGGGACCUGCAAGACUAUGAAGAAGACGGAGAUCGAGUAUGUCUGCGUGGUCACCGCUCUCCAUCGCCUUCGUGAAGUCGCACCAAGGAGAUUCGGAAAAGGGCCUGAAAGUCACCUUCCGCUGUUCCGCUGGGCAUCAGGUGCAGUGAUCAAGCGGCUCGAAGUCCAGAACUUGCUCCAGAAGGCAGCCAAGGCCCUCGGUCUACCAGCGGAACGGUUCCAGUCGCAUUCCCUCCGCAUCGGCGGAGCUUCGGCCUUGUAUCAGGCCACGGGCGAGAUCGAGGUCGUCAAAAGGACCGGAAGAUGGACGUCCUCGGCGGUGCAACGCUACCUCCAUGACUCCGGAGACGUGCUGGCAGGUUUGGCGAAGAAGAUGGCCACGGUUGACCAGCACGUGCACUACACGUAG